AUGUUGCCUGCAGAACGCGUCACCUACUUCGGUUACUACGAGGGACUCGACCCUAAACUCCUUCGCCUCGGGAGCAUGGUACUGGACUAUGCGAAUCCGCGACAUAAGUGCCCUUAUUACCACGGGGAGGUACCGAACAUGUUCGAGCCGCCGGUCAUUGCGACAGCUGACGAACGGCCGUACUGUUCAAUGAGCGAGAAGCGCACUUCGAGCUUUGGCGGAGACAUCGGUCUCGGUCAUCUCCUUCUCGUUGAGUCGAGUCGUUCGAAGCUUUCGUCUAGGCUAGUAGUAGGCACUCAAGGGUCUAAGGUCGAGCUCAUCAACCCACUAGAGUUCUUUUCUCAAAUGCUGCAAGAGGAUGGUGUAAGGAAAUGGCUCGAGGUUGUGCUGACGGUGGCAAGCGGUCUACAAAAGACCUGGAAGAACGCCUUCGCCUCGCCAAAGAUCUGGCUGCUGACAGGCGUCUACUUGAUAGAGGACGCAACUUGCCUCGCUGUAUCCUCGAAAUCGAGCUCGGCCGGGCUGUCAACCGACGUUGUUAUUCCAGACCUCGCCGGUAUCGCAGCCCUUUUGAAUACCAACAUUCACGCCAAGGUCAGCUUGACCAACGACACGGAAGGCUACGUGGAAACCAAAAUUCUGGGCCGGCGGGUCUGGGCGGCCCAGUGGCAGCAAAUCAGCGCAAGUUACGUCUUGACCCAGAAGCAGGAGUGGAAUGUCAGGUCACGCGGGAUGCGUCUGAAGUUGCUGGAUAGGUUCAGCGUUGGAACGGAGAGAGGGGAGGCCGACAAGGUCGAGAUGGUUGAUUUGAAGUUAGACUUGACCUUCGCUACGGAAAAUGACAGUAGAUGCGGAGACAAUGGACAAGAUGAGAAGAUGUGGCAUCAGUUUGAAGAGGAGUUCAAUGAACUCAUGGAGGAGCUGGAGGAAUGA